CAAGGGAAAUCACCUGGUAUGGAUGGCAUUCCAAUAGACCUGUUGAGAUUAGAUGUAGAAUGGUGGGCCAUUAAACUUGUGCCGCUUUUUAAUUCUAUCUAUCACUCAGCCCUUGUACCUAAGUCGUGGAACAACUCAAUAGUGGUACCGAUCUUUAAAAAAGGUGAUAGGAAUUGUCAAGAGAAUUACAGGCCUAUAAGUCUGUUACCAUGCAUAAGUAAAAUCUAUGCCAAAUCUCUGCUUAUUAAAUUAGAAGAAUGGAUGCUGACAAAAGGUCUUCCUGGUAAAGAGCAGGCUGGUUUUAAGGCAGGCGCGUCAACUCUUGACCAGUGUCUAGUGUUAAGUCAUCUUGUGGAUAAAUAUGUCAUGAGAAAUAAACGAAAACUCUUUGUGGCAUUUGUGGAUUUAAAAAGUGCCUUUGAUUCGGUCGACCGUAACAAACUAUGGACUAAACUAGAACACCUUG